AACCAUUACAUCCAACUUAUCGAUAUAUUUCCUUCGCCACGAAUUCUUGCCUUUUUCUACAUUACCAUUUCUUUCUAUUUCGAAAUAAUUGUUCGCGUUCCCAGAAGUAAUUUCCGCUUAUCAUUUAAUGUGAACUCAUUAUGUGUUUUAAUAACAUUCAAUAACAAAAGUAUUUAAGAGCGUUUAAAAGCUUAUACUUGCAAUUAAUUACAUAAAAAAAUUUCUCUUUCUCCAUUUUCUUUGUAUUAUAACAGAAGUAUAAAUACGAUCUCAAAGGAAAUAGUGUCGAAAUAGAGUGAAUACUGAACAGUGAUAAUUCAAAGAAUUAUGAGAUUUCUAGGAUCACUGAUUAUAACUUUCGAAUUAAUCUGCAACGGUGCGCCUUUCCCGCUCGCUCAGAUUAAUUCGCAGCAGCAAACUUCGAGAGAGGGGAGAAACACCGAUAUUUAUUUGCCGUUUUAUGACUUGAGGAUAUAAAAGAUGCAAGCGAGAGAGAAUUUUGCGCUGUAUAAGGGUUUGCGCUUUCAUCCCUUGCCUAAUUAGACGUCUAAUUUAGGCACAUGAUCAACACCGGCCUUGCGAUGUAAAUUAACAUUAAAAUUUAUCUUACAAUUACUAAAUACUACAGAUAAAAAAUUAUUGCUUCCCACUUACUAAAAUAAUGGCUGCUUUAGAUAGCGAAUUAUCGACAGUCUUGUGCCAUCUUUAUCGUUCAUUGGACGUAAAACGAGCGCUUUCGGAAGUCAGUAUGCAAUACGCAAUACAUUUAAUGUAUAAAACAUCGUUAGUCGGUUUUUCAUUUACGGUAGCAGGUAUCAAUAUCAGUGAACGGACGGUCGGAUACUUGGUGCAAUUAGUUCCGUUCGAAGAACAAUCUGAAGCAACGAGAAACAACCUGAAGAACAAGAUCGCCAUCUAAAUCGACUAGAACUUCUAUUUUCGUCGUGAGAGAAGCGAAACUAACUUCAUCACGUCGAGCGCAGUCGUCUUUUCAACUCGUUGCGUCGGAUAUGCACGCGAGUGGCCGGGAGCAUGACAAGAUUUCUACGAUAACCGGCAGCGCUAACGCCGCUAACGAACCUGCCGAUUUCGACACAGCCAUAUCCACGACCGGCUAUGGAUUAUUUAACGUGUUACUGCUACUGGCGGUGUUGCCAAUCGCGUGGACCGUCGUUUUCGACACUACUUCCAGCGCGUUCAUCUUGGCAUCGGCCGAAUGCGAUCUCCAGCUUACGUCUUUUCGCAAAGGCGUACUCGUUGCAUUUCCUUACAUAGGUGAUUCGAUUUUGAACAUCGUGAGCAGUGGUGUACAAUCGUAUUACAUAUUUCUACUAGUCAAAUUUCUCAGCGGAAUCCUCGUAGGCGGCCCGUUGGCGAUGGUGAUGACGUACCUGACGGAAUUUCAUUCGGCGAGAUAUAAGCCCCGCUUCAACACAUGGACGGGAUUUCUCUUCGCCGUGGCAAAUAUCGUACCGGCAGCUCUGGCCUUCACGACACUACCGUUCGACUGGCACAUUAAUAUCCUCGGCCAGGACUACGAUUUUUGGCGUAUAUACCUAUUGAUCUGCUCAAUACCACCCGUCCUCGGCCUCGUGACGGCGACCAUGCUGCCGGAAAGUCCUAAGUAUCUCAUGGCAAUUGGCAGGUCAGAUGCUGCCCUGAAAUUGCUUAGGAGGAUGUAUUGUAUGAACACUCGACAACCCGCGGAUACGUUCCCGAUAAAAGCGCUGUUCGUUCGGCAAAAGGCGCAAUUGGCGCGUCCCGUGCUCAAGGCGAGCCUCGAGAGGAUGCGCAUCUCGUUGUACAACACGAAGCUACUACUGACGACGACGGCUUACCUGCCCGCCUUCUGCUUCGUAAGUUUCCUUCAAUUCGGAAGUAUGCUCGGAUUUCACGUAAUGAGACUGUGGGUGCCGCAUCUCUUUGUUAUUCUCAACAACUUCGACGAGGAAAAUUGGACGAAGGAAAGGCAGCCGACCAUCUGCGAGAUGUUGGACCGCCACGCGACUUUACCGGGCAGGCAAUAUUUGAAUUGCUCGAACUUUGACGACAUAUGCUUCAGGUGGACCGUUAAUCCUGCGGUUUAUCAAAAUUCAACCGUCAUCGCAUCGUCAGCGGUUAUAUUCUCAUUUCUUGCCGGAUUCAUAACGACUACUAAGCUUCGAAAACAGAUCAUAAUGCUCACGGCCUUCCUGAUAUCGGUGGCAAGCAGUUUCGGAAUAAAUUGGGCGCAGUCUCCGCCGUAUAUGCUGACGCUGGCGUCGGCGGUUAUCGUGACGACAAGAAUAGCGGGUAAUAUCGUUACCGCGGUGAAUGUCGACGUUAUUCCUGUCCCAUUAAGAGCCACGAGUACCAACAUCCUCGUGACCAUCGGAAAUAUUGCCGCUAUCGUGGGAAAUCUGAUUUUCUCCGCGCUUCUGGAGACCGAGUGUCUCAUCGCUUUCCUAGGAUUGGGUUGUUUCUUCUCCGCCUGCCUCUGCGUAUCUCUAUUCUUUCCACAACCCGUGAAAGAAUCGCCGGCGAAAUUUGCUGAUGUUAGUACAGCGAAAUAUUGAAGAGCGCAAGGCAAACACUUUGAAGUCAUCUAGCAUCGAUAGAAAUCAUACCGGCAGAAUUGUAAAAGUUCAAUUAAAUGUGUAGUUGCAUGUAAAAGCUCUCAGCUAGACUGUGAUAUUUAACAAUUAGCCAAUUUGUCGAAGAAAAUAAUUUAGAAAAGUAUAAUAUAAUAAGAAAUUCAAUACUAAA